UCCCCUAGUCCUCUUGUCCUGGGUGCUCGUCAUUCUGCUCGCGGCCACGGUGAGGCAGCGGACGCCGCCACCAAUCCCGGCUCCCGAACCCUCUCCUUGCCUUCUCCGUUUCCGCACCACCACGCCGUUGAACUCUCGACGCCGCUCGCGCACGAAGCCGUGCCGCCUUCCACCCAAGUGAAGCCGCUCCGCCCACAAUUAUCCUGUACUGGCAGUCCUCCUCCCCCUCUCUACCUUUUUUGAGCAAGCUCCGCCUCUCUACUGUCUGCCCUGGCGUGGAGUGGAGAUCCGUCCGGACUUGGAUUGCUUUCUCCUUUUCGCCGUUGAUGUCAUCAUGCUGAGCAUUUUGUGGUAGAGACAGCAAGAUCAUCUUGUUGUGUUCCAGCAUAUACCUCCUCCCCAGAAAAUAUGUCGACACAGGCCUCUAACCGGUCAUACAGAUAUCCGGACAAUACCCAGAUAUCGUACUACAAUGGCAAUCUAGUGCAUGUUGGGGGCAAUGGUACUUACUAUAUGCCACAAAAUCAUGAUGAUGGUCAUUACAUUUCCUCUGAUGAUGGAUCGCAGACCAGCAAUUCUAGAGCUCAAGGUUUUCAAGCACAGUACUGCACCCUAGACUCGUCCUCAGCCAAUUGUGUUUAUCCUGCACAUAGCUCUACCUCUUCUCAGAGCAUAAGUGGGAGUCCUCUGUCUCAGCAAGAGAGCCACUCAGAUCAUGCAUAUGGUUCCUCUCCAAGUGCGUCGUGUGUUACUCAGGUCCCGAGUUGGACACUUAAGGAUCUAGAAAAUGUAAUGCUUGGACCUGAUUCUGACAUAGGCAGCCCUGAUAGCUCCUUACUACCUGGCACUGCUUUGCAUGAGAACAACUGGAGAGAACUUUUGGGAAUUAAAACUGGGGAUUUGCGGCAGGUAAUUAUAGCAUGUGGUAAGGCUGUUGACGAGAAUGCUUUCUAUAUGGAUGCGCUGAUGUCUGAGUUAAGGCAGAUGGUUUCUGUCUCUGGUGAACCGAUGCAACGUCUGGGAGCUUAUAUGUUGGAAGGUCUUAUUGCAAGGCUUUCUUUCACUGGACAUGCCCUAUAUAAAUCUCUGAAGUGCAAAGAGCCUGUGGCUACGAGUUCUGAGCUCAUGUCAUAUAUGCAUCUUCUGUACGACAUCUGUCCAUUCUUUAAGUUUGGUUACAUGUCUGCCAAUGGUGCCAUAGCUGAUGCUGUUAAGGGUGAAAACUUUAUUCACAUCAUUGAUUUCCAAAUCGCUCAGGGGAGUCAGUGGAUGACUAUGAUCCAGGCCCUUGCUUCAAGGCCUGGGAGACGACCAUACCUAAGAAUCACUGGCAUAGAUGACUCAAAUUCUGCUCAUGCCCGAGGUGGUGGACUGGAUAUAGUUGGACAGAGGUUACACAGCAUUGCCCAGUCAUGUGGUCUGCCCUUUGAGUUCAAUCCUGUUCCAGCAGCUAGUCAUGAAGUUAUGUAUGAACAUCUUUGUGUAAGAUCUGGGGAGGCAAUUGUUGUCAAUUUUGCUUAUCAGCUGCAUCAUACUCCUGAUGAGAGUGUGGGCAUAGAAAACCAUCGUGAUAGGAUAUUGAGAAUGGUCAAGAGCCUCUCUCCUAGGGUGGUGACUCUCGUAGAGCAGGAGGCAAAUACAAACACGGCACCUUUCUUUCUUAGAUACCUGGAGACUCUUGAUUAUUACACAGCGAUGUUUGAGGCGAUAGAUGUUGCUCGCCCCAGGGAUGAUAAGAAGCGCAUUAGCGCAGAGCAGCACUGUGUUGCAAGAGAUAUUGUCAAUUUAAUUGCUUGUGAAGGUGCUGAAAGAAUAGAAAGGCAUGAGCCUUUCGGAAAAUGGAGGGCAAGGCUUGCAAUGGCUGGAUUUAGACCAUACCCAUUAAGUCCAGUGGUGAACAGUACCAUCAAAACACUGCUGGAUAGUUACCACAGCUACUACAGACUUGAGGAGAGGGAUGGUGUCCUUUAUCUUGGUUGGAAGAGCAGAAAGCUGGUUGUAUCUUCUGCUUGGUGCUGACAUUUCCAAUUUUGGAAGAAGCUUUGUUUAGGUUCUUCCGUGGCUUUGUGUUCAGCACAUGAAUCCAAGGUGGAACCUAAGCUUCUCAACGUGGACUUCAUAAUGAAAAACAACUUGGCUGCUUCCUUGCUGCUUGUUGUUGCCCGCUUUCAAACUCUCCUAUGCUCACCAUCAUUUCGGACUCAAUGGUUGUCGCUACCUCACUGGUAUACUCACCAUGACUCGGUUCCAUCCUUAUAUAGGGGCAAACAGUGGUUUCCCCACCUUCUACUGGUCUCAGUAUUGCAUUUUAGUAGAAAUCUGGUAUCAGCUUCUCAAUCUGGACAGCUGAAAUCGUGCACGUUGCAUUUAGGUUGACUUGUACAAUGCUUUAUGAGUCUGAAGCUUAUGCCGGGCUUCGGUAGUAGGCACAAGGAGUGCCAUUAGAAUCUGUAUCUACAACCUGCUGCAGCUCGUGUAUUGUACUAUUAUACAGUCUGGGUGAUUUAAUUUGGUACUA